CUACGAGUGGAGACUGGUGCACUUUUUCCUCCUCCUAAGUCCUAACACAAUCUGAUCUGGUGGCUGGAGUACCACUUCUUUAAUAAUUUAACUGCACCGUUCGCCGCAUAAAAUGGGGAGUUCGGUGGUCGGUGGCUUACUGCCUAUACAUCCCAUUCCUGUUCUGUAGCUUUGCGUUUUACUAUCUAUCAAUACCAGCAUUUGCCUAUGGCUAAGAAUCAGACACUCAAGCGCUUCCUUACCAACAUAGAUUUUAGUAUCGGAUUGUUAAGGAAGCGAGAGUACCAGAAAUUUGUAUAUAACGUUGUUAAUCGAUGCCAGUCACAAUGGUCCAAGUCUGAAAAGGUGGAAAGGGAUGAUGUUUUCAAAGAUUCUAAGGGCGGGCCAGAAGCACAGGUUCCUUUGAAAACUAAUAAUGUUAAUUACCCAGAUUAUGAACCUCGUUUUAGCAAAUACACCUCAGAUGAAGAUGAUUUCGUUACGAAUACUAAUAACAAGUGGAAGCUUGAACUUGCUUGGCUCACUAAAACUCUUGAACCUGCACUUCAGCUCUGUAGAUGGGCUUUGCCAACAGCCUCUGGAAACGGGGAUAGAGUCCCUCCUACGAAUAGGUCCUUUGCAGAGAUUAUUGCCAGCAUCCAAAGGAGUAAGAUUGGACUUCAGGAUUGGAGUCUCAGUGAUCUUACUAUAGGAUUGUAUCUCAUAUAUCUUCAGCAAGCAUCAACAAAUAAAGUUGAGGAUGUCAAGGGCGAGCAAAUCUCCUCAGAAUCAAUAGUUCAUGAUCUCAUAUACCACAUGGAACUAGCAAAAGGAGCCUACAAGGAUAACCCUAGCAUUCUAGCGAAGAUUAGCAUGCUCAGAGAAAGCAAUGUUGUAAAAUUUGUGAAGAACUCUGGUGUCUUGAGGCCUGGGUAUUACAUAGGUGUUGAUAUGAAAAGGAAAAAUGUAAUUCUUGGCAUACGUGGAACUCACACCGUGUAUGACCUCAUUACCGACAUUAUUACUUCAAGCCAUGAAGAAAUUACAUUUGAGGGCUAUUCAACACACUUUGGGACGGCUGAGGCUGCUCGAUGGUUUCUUCGGCAUGAGUUGGGAACCAUAAGGAAGUGUCUGCAGGAACAUGAGGGAUUUAGGUUAAGGCUUAUUGGUCAUUCUCUAGGGGCUGCAACAGCUUCUUUGCUGGCGAUAAUGCUUCGCAAACAGUCAAUUAAGGAGCUUGGUUUUGAUCCUCAAAUUGUUUCAGCCGUUGGGUUUGCUACUCCACCUUGUGUCUCAAAGGAACUGGCUGAAAGUUGCUCCAACUAUGUUACAACAGUUAUGAUGCAGGAUGAUAUCAUCCCAAGGUUAAGUGUCUCUUCUUUAACAAGAUUGAGAAAUGAAAUUCUUCAAACUGAUUGGGUGACUGUUUUUGAGAAGGAAGACUGGAAAAGAAUAGUAGAACUUGUUACAAAUGCAAAGCAGGUUGUGUCUUCUGUGCAGGAUGUCGCUCGGAAGUUGGCUGAUUAUGCCAAGUUGAGAGGGCAGACUAAAUUUUCUGAAAUCCCUCCCAGAAGGGAAGGGCUAAUGGGGGGCCCUAGCAUUUCUUCGACUUCAAUUUCAGCUGAUCCAGCUAAAACUCUUUCUGAGGAAGAAAUAUCGUGCUCAAUGCCCGAGGAAUUAUAUGUACCUGGCACCCUUUACUAUUUGAAGAGGAAUGUUGUCUGUCAAAGGAAUGGCAAAAGUGAGGAAUUUUUUACGCUGUGGAAGAGGAAUCCUGGUGAACAUUUGCGGAAGAUACUGCUCUCAAGCAAUUUAAUUUCAGACCAUAAAUGUGAUAGCCAUAUUUAUGCCUUGAGAGAUGUACUCAAAGGUUUGCCUGGGUCACAUGAUGACAGGCUUUUCCAAUGAAUAAAAUUUUGGUUCGUCGGUAAAGCUGUACAGAAGUUAUUUUUGGUCCGAGGGAUCAAUUUUGAAUAUUUUCAGUUUCACUCA